CGAGGACAGAGACCAUGUCUGCCGAUGACCUGCGGGAUGCUGCGCGGUAUAACGAGUAUGAUGAUGUGGUUGCGCUCAUUGGCGAGGGAGUGGAUGUUAACGUGACGGACGCGAUGGGCAAGAGCGCGCUGCUGCUGGCAGCCGGGAACGGGCAUGUGGAGGUGGUCCGGGCACUGCUGGAUGCUGGGGCGAAUCCCAACCUGGCGUACACAUCGGGCGCGACGGCACUGCACUGGGCGGCGCUCAACGGGCAUGCCGAGGUUGUGGCUAUGCUGCUCGGCGUCAAUGGCAUCGACACCACCCUCAAGGACUCGAACGGCCGCACUGCUUUCACCGUCGCCGCCGCCGCCGACCACACCGACAUCGCACAGUCCAUCCUCGAGGCCAUGCCCAACGAAGGCAAGCCGGAGACGUCGCCGGCUGCCGCCGAUGAUGAUGAUGACGAUGACGCUGUCGAGGCUGCCACCGAUGCUGGCGCCAGUGCCAGCGCCGCCGCUGAUAACUCCGCCGAUGCCGGCACUGCUGCCGGCCCUGCGGCCGCUGCCGACGCUUCCGAUGCUUAAUGAAAUGGCUUGACCCUAGUUCAAUUCCUGAGGUCCUGAGGAGGAGUUGGUGAGCGACAGUGUUAAAGCCACAGAGUGAC